AUGUUCGCAGACUUAGAACAAGAACACAACGCAGAUAAGAUUGAGUUCUCGUAUGCUACCAUCCCACAAGUCCUGCUGCGCCCUCUCAAUCCUCUCGUCGAUUCAGGCUUUUCAGCCCGGGCAAGCAGUGGAGUUUAUCGUCACCUGCCUGGGGGUAAUGCAUUCAGGCUACUUGAGAUACUCCCAGGAGAUAGCGACAUCCUUCAAUGCAAGCUGCAUGUAUGCGCCUUGAACGAAAGCGAGGCCACAUUCGAAGCUCUAUCUUAUACUUGGGGUGAGCCAGACUCUUCUAGUGACCGAAAGAUUGAGAUUAUCGCCAACUGUACGAGUCAUUCUAUGGUUAUCUCUGGGAACCUGUACAUCGCGCUACGAGAGCUUCGGAGAAGUAAUACCAGUAGAGUGGUAUGGGCGGAUGCCAUCUGUAUCAAUCAGGAAGACGUUGAAGAAAGAGGCCAGCAGGUAGCUUUGAUGGGAAAGAUAUUCAGCAGCGCCUGGCAGGUUAUCAUCUGGUUGGGUGAGGAGACAGACCGGUGCUGUUGUGGAAAGACAGUUCUUGAAAGAUCACUAUCGUCUAUCUCAGAUGUUUUUUCGGGAGUAUGUUCCGUUGUUAAUGAGUGGCUCGCUCAGGCUGGCCAAAAGACUCUUGAAGCCACUUACCUCGGCAUCUCUGAAGAUGGCCAAUCCAUCGUACAUCAUGCUAGGGUCGACGGUGGAGGAAGAUGCGAUUUUGAGAUAAUGCAGCUCUUCCGUCGGCGUUGGUUCUCCCGCAUUUGGGUCUUGCAAGAGGUUGUCCUCGCUAAGCACGCCCUUGUACAACUCGGCUCAUACCAGAUUCCAUGGGAAUGGGUCGGACUCGCAGCAGCUAUAGUUGUCCACAAAACCGAGCUGUCGCCCAGUGGCUUUAGGAGAGACGUGGUUCCUGCAGGAGCAAUGAACAGUUAUCUCAUGUAUCGACUGUCGGUUUCUCAGAAGUGUCUUCCGCGACUAGAAUUCUCAUUCGCUCAAUUACUCCAAGCCACGCGACACUUCCAGAGCAAAGAAUCCAAAGAUAAGAUCUAUGGCCUGUUAGGGAUUGAAACGACGGAUUUGAUAGCCACGAAGAUCGUCCCAGAUUAUCGAGAGAUAACGACGCCACAGAUGGUUUACGAGGAUGUCGCGAGGCUCAUGCUCGGCGCAGACUCACCUUUAACGUUUCUUUCGGGAGCUGGGACACUUGGACCCGGUGACCCUCCGGGGCCAUCGUGGGUGCCAAUCUGGCAUGCGCACCGCCGAUGGACACUGCUACCGACCCAGCAGAACCCAGGUUUCCAAUGUGCAUCUGAUGCUACGAUAGAACUCCACCCCGUAAACAAAGCAGGAGAGCUGGUCCUCAAGGGCAUAAUCAUCGAUGACGUCUUGUCCAUACAAAUGUCCCGCGAUAGUUGGUCCUUCACCCGUCGAAGAGGCCGCCAGGGACUUCUAAGUCAGCCGCGGUGGAGCAAGGAAGCGUGGAGAAAAUGCGCCAUGACUUUAACGUGCGGCGGGGACGGGAGAGCAUAUCCUGUUGAUGAUGAGACUGCGCAGCUUGCUGACCUCGCUGCCCUGGUACUCUCAGGAAGUGACCACUGGGUCAUCAGCGAUCUUAUUGCGCUGCAAGAUGUUAUUGAGCCAGAAGGCGACAGGAUGACGCAGGCUCAACAUCUCAAUGCGAUUGUUGAAGGUGGAAACGCCCGCAGAUAUAUCAGCGCCUUAGAACCUGUUCGCGAGCCUUAUAGGGUGUUCAAGACGGCGUCGAAGGACUUUGGAGUUGGGCCUUUUGAUACGAAGAUUGGGGAUAAGCUCUGUGUACUGUUGGGUGCGGAAGUUCCGUUUGUGUUGAGGCCGAAUGGGGAUGGGUAUUUGGUUAUCGGGGAGUGUUAUGUCUAUGAUUUGAUGCAUGGAGAAAUCCUCGAGAAACUUGCUGCUGAUGUAGAUGGGCAGUUGAAGGCUGAAUGGAUCAAACUCAUAUAG